UCACCGUCUUUUUAAUGAUACCAAAGAACGACAGGUGUGUUUUAUAGUUCAACAGCAGACAUGCAAAGGGUGUAAUUCAACAGAAAGAUGAUUGAACCUUGUCAGUAAAUCUUCUUUGACAGUUAUGUUAUCAUUGUUAAGAUUACAUCUCUGUACAAAUGCCAGCCACACCCGUUCAUGGGAACAGACUAAAUGUUCUGACAGUUGAAAUGUGGAAAAACAAAACAACUUUUAUGUGAUUGAUCUACGCAGCAUAAAAAACCCAAGUGAUUCAUUUAGGUGAACUAUUCUGAGAUGUACAAUUAAUUUGUUUGUAAUAUAUGAAUGUUAAAACACAAAUGAUUAAAAGAAGUGAGACUUGAAAAAGAGAACUUUUUCAAACAUCUAACCGUAAAUAGGAAGUCAAUGGAAGAUGAGGAAUAAGGUACAAAAAAGAGAAGCUCAGAAAUAAAAAAGUGAAGUGCGUGAAACUGUAAAAAGGAUGUUUUGAUUUAGCUCUUUAAAGUGUUGUAUAAUGAAAAAUAUCUUUUUGAAAAAUAUAUUUUUGAAAAAUGCCGGGAAAGGAACGGGGUGGAGCUCGAAUGUGAGGUGGAGCCUGUGGAUGUGAGCGUUUCCUCUUUCAUAACAAAGCAACAACACGCAGGAGCCACAGAGCUGGAACCACAGGUAGGCUAGCCUGUUUUCGCUUUACUUUUCAGACACGCUACACCGUCAAUUCUCGAAAUGAAUAACCAAACCCAAUAUGAAUCAUUUUUAACAGCUUCUGAGUCAAAUCCCUUUCGAUACUGCGCCACUCUAACACCAUGUUUUUUCCAGCUAGUUCGGUGUGUGGCUAACUAAAGACAUCGCAACACUUUCCACAAGACAGUGACUAAGACAGCAGCACACAAAUGUUCCCACAAACACUGUGUGUCCACCAGGUGCACAGCAGUAGCACUAGGUUUACAGACGGCUGCUAUGAUGGGCUGUAUCCUGGACAUAUCCACACCACUCCCAUCCAGAAAGCCCUGUUGGCUGUGGGGUCAGGAGUGGCUGCACUACAAAACCCCUACAGACAUGACAUGGUUGCAGUGCUGGGGGAGACAACAGGACACCUAGCGUUGAUAAAUCUCAGGGAAAAGAUGAGAAACGACCCUGAAGGCUACACUAUCCUAUCAGAAAGGCCCAGAAUCCGUCUGUCUACGCUUAAUCUGAGCGAGAUGGCCUCUCUGCCCGACGGAUCUUUUGGGAGGGAAUACUGUCGUUUCCUGGAGGACAAUCAUGUGACUCCAGACUCAAGGGCAGACGUGAAAUAUGUGGACAAUGAGGAGUUAGCUUACGUUAUGCAGAGAUACAGAGAGGUCCAUGAUUUACUGCACACCUUACUGGGCAUGCCCACCAAUAUGUUGGGUGAAGUGGCAGUGAAAUGGUUUGAAGCUGCUCAGACUGGCCUUCCCAUGUGUACGCUUGGAGCUGUGCUGGGGCCACUGCGGUUGAAUCCAAGCCGUCUACAGCAGCUGUUCACAUCCUUGGGCCCUUGGGCUCUUCACAAUGGUCGUCGGGCCCGCUGCGUCCUCAGUAUCUUCUACGAGAGACGAUGGGAGCAGAACAUCGAAGACCUCCGACAAGAGCUCAACAUAGAGCCACCUCCUGUCAUACUCAGUGCUACCAAGAAGUGAAACACAUGAGUAAAGACAACAACAACAAAACAAGAAGCAAAAUGAAGGAAUCGCCCUAGCUAAAGACUUUUUAAGCUGGGAAAAACUGAAACAUUUGAAGGGGCGUACACUAGAGAUGGACGUUAGUAACUACUGAGGAAGUGAGGAAAUUGCACAGAUACUAAACUUUGGGUUUCCCAAUUAUGUGAAUCACUUUGAGUGCCGUAAAUUAUUCUGAUGAAUUGCUUGAGUUUUUAUGCCUUCCUUAUGCUGCUGAAAAGAUCCGGUUCAAAAUGACAGGUUCAGUCACUGUUGUUGAGAAUGUGAGAGGAAGUGUGUAUUGGUUUAAAGAAGAAAAGUACAUUAAUAACUGUAUUAUGCCAUUAUCAAAUAUUACCUAUAAACUGGUGUGUCAUCUGUAAUCGGGUUUGAAAAGUAGGGAUGCACUGAUCCCUUACUGAGUUUUGGAUAUGAUAUUAGACAGGGAACAAUGUAAAAUCCCAUAUUAUACAUUAGCCUAAACAAUCAACAACUGUCAUUGACGUGUAGGCUACAUUGAGUGUUGAGUUAUAUCAAGUAUUUUACACUAGAAUUGUUUUUCCUCUGUUAUUCUAAAUACCCAGAUUUAACUUUUGCACAAAGCUGCACUUUCAACAAUUCAUGAGUGUUUUAAAUGGCUUCUUUUGCAAAGUGCAUUGAUACCAAUUAUAUAUUAAAAGCCUGCAGAAUGGUAUUGAGCCAUCUCUUAUAUUAAUUUUGAUCCAUGAGCAUAACUGUUAUGCCAAUUGUUAAAUGGUUAUUUCGUGACACAUUUUGUAGUUUAUUAUAAUCGGGACUAUAUUCAGUGUCAUAGUUUUCACAUUGCAGUUGCACACUAAUUGAUGGGAAAGGAGCAGAUGCUUCUGUUAUCUUAUCAACAUCUCAAAAUAAAUAUGAUGCAUCCCCUAUUUACGGUCAUGAUGAGGAACAGAAAGUACGUAUUUCUUGGCAGGUGUAUGACAUAAGCAAACAAUCCCCUUUAAUCUUCUUCCAAGCAUUCUCAGUAAGAAACAUUUCAUCAUAGGGUUAGUUUAGUUAUGAGUGUCAAACGUGAAGAGAUUAAUUAAAUACUCUCCCAGCAUACAUUUAGUUCAGGGUCACUAAGCAAAUGUUUAUUUGGACACAAUGCACAAGAUAAGCAUGUGCACAACUGCAUGUAAAAAUGUAACAACUAUGAUGAUGUGUUUCACUCACAAUCUGUAUCAUGUUUUAGGUUACACACUCAAUGAUAAAUCACAUGGGACACGUUCAACAAUACACACUAGUUUGAAAUCUGAUGGACCCUAAUGGAAAGAUGUUUUUAUCCACAGUGCUUCUGUUACAAUAGCCUGACUAGAAGGAAUUGGCUGAUACAAUGUUACACCACAUAGUACUGUAAUCACAAUAAAUAUAUGUAAUCGCUACAUCCUGGGACAUCCACUACAUUCACUGUAGAAGCUGCCAAAAUAAAUGAAGACUUGAUAAAUAAAUAAAUAUGCCAAAUAAAUGCAAAA